AUGUUGAAGGUCCAAAAGGAGGCAUGGGUUGCUACUGGAUGCUCUAUAAUGACUGAUGCUUGGACAGAUCGUCGAGGAAGGAGCUUAAUGAAUUUGGUUGCCCAUUCUUCCAGAGGCGUGUGUUUCCUCCGUGCCAUUGAAGCUUCAAUGGAGGUUCACGAUGCCAAGUUCAUCUUCAGCUUGGUCAUGUCUUGCAUUUCUGAAAUUGGUGCUGAAAAGAUUGUUCAAGUAGUCACGGACAAUGCAAGUAACAAUAUUGCAGCAGCCAAAUUACUUAAGCAGAAGCAUCCUCAAAUAUUCUGGACCUCAUGUGCGGCCCACACAAUCAACCUAAUGCUCCAAGACAUUGGAAAUAUACCCAUAGUCAGCUCAACAAUUACCAAUGGUAAGACCAUCACAAAUUUCUUUUAUGCACACACUAGAUUGUUGGCUAUUCUUCGCAAGUAUGCCAAAGGUGAUUUAGUCAGAGCUGGUGCUACUCGAUUUGCAAGUCACUACUUGAACUUGAAGAGUUUGUAUGGGAAGAGGAAGCAGCUGAAGCUAAUGUUUGCAUCAAAUGAUUGGGCUGGCGGUAGUUAUGCUAAGAAGCCAUUGGGCAAACGUGUGUACAAGCUCGUAAUGGACAAUAAGUUUUGGGCCAAGAUAAACCUGCUAGUGAAUUAUUUUGAGCCACUUGCCAAUGUGCUUAGGCGGGUUGAUGGAGACACUCCAGCCAUGGGGUUCUUAUAUGGUGAUCUUCUCCAAGCAAAGCAGGAAAUAGCAGUCCGGCUCAACCAUGUUGAGAAAAAAUAUGGUCCUAUUUGGGAGAUCAUAGAUAGAAGGUGGGAUAACAAGAUGAAAACAGCGCUACACAAAGCUGGUUAUUUUUUGAACCCUUUCUUCUACUAUGAUAGACAGAGUGAAAUGGCUGAAGAAGAUUUCAUGGAAGCAGUCAUAGAGUGUGCAUCUGUUAUGUACAAAAAUAACAUAGAGGUGCAAGACAAUAUUGUCUCCCAGCUUAGUUAUUAUACUGAAGCCAUAGAUUCAUUUGGAACUGACAUGGCCAUUAGACAACGCAAAGUAGCAACUAUCACUCCUGCAAGAUGGUGGACCGUGCAUGGAACUUCUGCAAAGGACUUGAAGAAGAUGGCUAUUAGAAUCUUGAGCUUAACUUGUAGUUCUUCGGCAUGUGAAAGAAAUUGGUCUGCAUUUGAGAGGGUACAUUCAAAGAAGAGGACCAGACUAGGCCAGAAGAAGUUGAAUGAUCUUGUUUAUGUGAUGUUCAACAAGAGGCUGGACUCGAAGUACUCUGAGAGGGAAAGGGACCCACUGCUUGCAAAAUACAUUGAAGAUGAUCCACCAAAUGAGUGGAUGUUGGAUGAAGAGCUACUACAAGAUGAUGAGUCAUCUGAAGAUGAAGCUGAAAUUGACAUCAAUUCAAAGGGGAAACAAAAAUCUGUAGCUUCAAGAACUAGAGGCAAAAGAGCUCGUACAAAUCAAGAUGUCGAAGAUGAGGAGGAAGAGGAGGAAGUGGCAGAAGAAGAGGAAAUGGAAGAAGAGGAUGAGAACCAAGAAGCUGAGGAGGACAAUGAUGAAGACCAAGAAGUGGACAUCGAUCUGACUGUUGAAGAUGAAGAGGAUGAUGAAUGA